UUAUUUUUUUUGAAUGAACAUCCGUGACUGACAAGCGAAGGUGUGUUUUUGUCAUCUCUUAACGAGCGAAGGGAUGAGAAGGUUCCGUGAAUGAAAAAGGUGGUGGUUGGAAGAUAACCAGGUAGCCACGGAAAAAGGAGAGCUGCAGGGCUGAAUGUGUCUUUAAGACUCUUGUCACUUCACUACCAGUGGGCAUUAUGUUGAAGCCAAUCUAAACACCUCAUUUCUACCUGUGCCCUCCCUUUCCCUAAACCCCCAACUUCACAAUGACCAGUCUCAAGCGUUCCCAAACGGAACGAUCCGUUGGGGGCUCGGUCCCGGCCACCGAUGAGUUCUAUACUCGCCGUUUGCGUCUUCCCAAUGGAGGUGCUCCACCACCCCGCAGCGAGAGCGCUCAUAUUUCCUCUUCUUCCACCACCGGCACCAACCCCGCUGUCCCCAAGAUGGGAGUUCGGGCUCGUGUGGCUGACUGGCCCCCGAGAAAAGAUGGGGGAGGCGGAGGUGUUUGGCAUAUUACAGUGGAAACUGACUCACCCAGUUCCAACACCACCAGCUCCUCUGGAAGUGGUGGAAGUGGAGACCGAGAAAGACUUGGAGGAGGUGGUGGUAGUGGUGGCGGUGGAGGCGUCUCAGCAGUCACAGCCCACAGCAAUUUGUCAGCCAAGCUGGGCCAUCUCAUCAGCCCCCAGGACUCAUCCAUGCUCCGCAAUAUCCAGAACACACUGAAGAACAAGAUGCAAAUGAAGGGAAAGGACAAUCGUUUUCUGUCGCCUGAUGGCUACCUUGGUUCACCUCGUAAAGGUAUGAGACGCAUCCGACAGCGAAGUAACAGUGAUAUAACAAUUAGUGAACUGGACGGUGAUGGUAAUGAGGGCUGGUCUUUCUCUGGGUGGACUCCCAUGCACCGAGAGUACGGCAGCACUUCAUCAAUAGACAAACAUGGUGUGUCAGGGGAGAGUUUUUUUGACAUGCUCAAAGGAUACCAGUCGUCCGAGGCCCCCGAUCAAAGAAGUCCAGCCCCAGAAAGGUUAACCGAGCUGCUGACUGUGGCCCCUGUGAAACAGACCGCCCUGGAUUUGCCUGAUGGACCCAUGGGACCAGCCAGAGGUAGUCCUGCAAGUCGGCUUAAGGAAAGAGAGAAGCACUUGAAAAGGAGGUCCAAGUCUGAGACGGGUGGAGAGUCAAUAUUCCGCAAGUUGCGUAGUGUAAAAGUAGAAGGUGACACAUCGAGAGCUGGGUCAGAUGCUGAGGAUGGUGGGAAAGGGGACGAGAGUGCGCCCCCUCCUAAACCUUGGAUGUGCCAAAAGGGCUUCGCCCAUUUUGAUAUUCAUUCUUUACUCUUUGACCUCAAUGAGGUCAUCCAAAGCCGCCAGACGGGAGCCAAACGCAAAAACACCACUACCGGUGCCUCAGCUGCCGCUGCUGCUUCCGCCACGUCGUCCCUCUCCUCCAGUCAGAGCGUAGUUUAUGGCUCGCCGUGCGGCUCGCAGGAGGAGCUGAGUAAAGAAGGGCUAGGUGGACAUGGUGCCAACCCGGCUUUGGACCCGGGCGACGAUAAGAGCAACGACCUGGUGCUCAGUUGCCCGUGUUUCAGGAACGAGAUUGGUGGAGAGGGUGAGAGGAACAUCGCCCCAGCGAAACAGCAAGGCAGCAUUGGAAGUGGUGGGAGCUCAAGCAACUCUACCAGUAGUCCAGAAGAAGGUCCUUUGGAGGGUACGCUCACUACUCAUUUUACGAACGCUGGCGUGGCAGUCUUGGAAGCCCCAAAGGACGGCCCAAGUCAACACGCUGAACGGUCCAAACGAUAUAUUGUGGAACAUGUUGACCUCGGAGCCUAUUACUACAGAAAGCACUUUUACCUCCGAGAACACUGGAACUACCUGGGGGUGGACGAGAACUUGGGCCCAGUGGCAGUGAGUCUCAGGAGGGAGAAGGUGGAGGAACACAAGGAACACGGCCAGCAGUACAACUACAGGGUCAUUUUCAGAACGAGUGAGUUAAACACCCUGCGAGGCUCCAUCAUAGAAGAUGCAGUGCCGUCGACGUCGAAACACGGCCUCGCACGAGGACUGCCCCUCAAAGAGGUGCUGGAGUACCUGGUGCCGGAGCUGAAUGUUCACUGCCUGCGCUUGGCACUCAACACGCCCAAGGUCACUGAACAGUUGAUGAAGCUGGACGAGCAGGGGCUGAGUUUCCAGCGAAAGGUGGGGGUGAUGUACUGCAUGGCGGGCCAGAGCAGCGAGGAAGAAAUGUAUAACAACGAAUCAGCUGGACUCGCAUUGGAGGAGUUCCUCCAUCUUUUGGGAGAGAGGGUUCGACUCAAAGGCUUUUCCAAGUACCGGGCCCAGCUGGACACCAAGACUGACUCAACUGGCACUCACUCCCUGUAUACCACACAUAAGGAUUAUGAGCUCAUGUUCCACGUUUCAACCAUGCUUCCCUACACGCCCAACAAUAAACAACAACUCCUGCGGAAGCGCCACAUCGGGAAUGACAUCGUCACCAUUGUGUUCCAGGAGCCAGGAGCGCUCCCCUUCACCCCCAAAAACAUCCGUUCACACUUCCAACAUGUCUUUUUGGUCGUUCGGGUACACAAUCCCUGUUCUGACAACACCUCCUACAGCGUGGCAGUCACCCGGUCUAAAGACAUGCCAUUGUUCGGACCGCCUAUCCCGGAAGGCGUUACCUUUCCUAAGUCGUCGGUAUUCCGGGACUUCCUCCUCGCCAAGGUCAUCAAUGCAGAGAAUGCUGCUCACAAGUCCCACAAAUUCCGCGCCAUGGCCACGCGAACACGCCAGGAGUACCUGCGGGACCUGGCCGAGAGGCAUACGACCAGCACGCCCAUCGACCCGUCUGGAAAGUUCCCCUUUAUCUCCCUGGCCCACAAGAAGAAGGAGAAGAGUCGUCCGUACGCCGGGGCUGAGCUGCGGAGCCUCGGGGCGAUUACUUGGCCGGUCCACGCGGAGGAUCACGGCACGGGAGGGGAGAUAGACGCCCUUCUGGCCAUCUCCAACGACUUCCUCAUCCUGCUGGACCACGAUGUCAAGGCCGUGGUGUUCAACUGCGCCACCAAAGAUGUGAUUGGCUGGACGCUGAGCAGCCCGGCAUCUUUACGGAUUUUCUACGAGCGCGGGGAAAGUGUAUCGCUAAGGAGUGUCGGUAACAACACGGAGGAUUUCAAGGAGGUGCUCAAACGACUGGAGUUCCUGACAAAGGGCUGUGAGACGUCGGAGAUGACACUCCGUCGAAAUGGCCUUGGACAGCUUGGCUUCCAUGUGAACUACGAAGGCAUUGUUGCCGAGGUGGAGCCAUACGGCUACGCGUGGCAGGCGGGGCUGCGUCAGGGAAGUCGCUUGGUCGAAAUCUGCAAAGUCGCCGUCGCAACACUGACUCACGAGCAAAUGAUUGACCUGCUGCGCACCUCGGUCACCGUGCGUGUUUCCAUCAUCCCGCCGCACGAUGACGCCACCCCGCGCAGGGGCUGUUCAGAGCUUUACCGCAUGCCGAUGGCUGACUACAAGAGCAGCAGCGGCGAGAGCGGCUCCUUCGAGUACAAGUUCCCCUUCCGCAGCAACAACAACAAGUGGCAGAGGACUUCCAGUAGCCCGCAGCAGUCACUCACCGCCUCGCCGCAGCCCCAAACUCCCAACAGGGCCAUCAGCCUGGGGAGCUCGGUGGGCAAGACCCUGUCAGCUGAGAGGCUGGAGAGGGGAGCGGUCAUCCCACGCAGUGUCAGCAGUGAUGGACGCCCCCUGGACACCAAGAGGAUGUCUCCAGGCAGCGAGAGCUACAGUCUGGCCUCCUCGAUGGCUCUGGGACGCUCUCCUCAUAAUCGCAGCUCUCCCAGUAACCUGUCGUGUUCCAGCGACGCCUCCGGCAGCUCAGCACACUGGAGACAGAAGUCCAUGCCUGAGCAGUUUGCAGGGAGUCGCCAUUCUCCAAUGUCCAAUGAGAGACAGGUCGUCGUAGAAGGUGGGUCAGGUGGAAAAUCCACGUCCAAUUGGUCGAGGGGAAUGGAGGACGGAGGGCCUGAACGCGGGUCAACAGAGGCACCGGCCUCUAAAUCUGGGCAAGGCUAUUCCGGAGGACCUCGCAUCCAAAGACAAGAGCAGGUCAUCCACCUGUCCCCCAAGAAGAGCAGUCAGUCUGAUGGUCCUAACUCUGGACACUCUAGCAGUAACACUUUAUCAAGCACGGCUUCCAGCGGGGGUCACAGCGACAGCGAUAAGUGGUACGAGAUGGGGGCCGGCGGAGGCUCCAGCGGGGACCAGGGUGACCCGGAGCCCAACGGCCUCGGGGGCGGAGGUUACCUCCAGGGCGCCUCAGCCGACAGCGGCAUCGACACCAGCUCCUACGGGGCCUCGCAGCACAACCACCCGCACUCUCACCACGGCAGCACCACCUCCCUGCUGGCGCCCAGCGGGGGUCGAGAGAGCAGGGAUCGCUCGCCGUGGCACAGCCCCACCGAAGGGGGACGCAGAAUGCUGGAGAGGUCGCCUGCGGCUGCCGAAUCCCCCGGUCCUCCUGGGGAAAGGAGCCUGGACGGCGCCGGUCGCAGCCCUCCCACUCAUCUCCUUGUUCGUGACAGCAGCACCUUCAGUCUGAGUGAUGGUGGCUCUCACUCGAGGCACAGCUCCCCGAGGGAUGAAUCGUCUUCAAGCACAUCUCCAUCAUCCCAGUCUUCAGUGCCCCCUGGACCAAAGAGCUUCUACCCUCGCCAAGGAGCUCAGUCCAAGUACCUGAUAGGCUGGAGGAAGCCUGGCUCCACCAUUAAUUCGGUUGACUUUGGAGACACACGCAAGAAAUCCCCAGGGGAAAGUGGCUUGGAUGUUAUUCCAACGCCAGCGGCCAGGCCUUCACUGAGGGACAUGCACUCACCACAGCCCCACGCCAAGUCGACUAUGGAGGAAGAUGUGAAGCGGCACGGUGCUCAGGACAGCCCUGUGCCGCCACGCAGAUAUAAGGACAAGUAUCCCCAGAAGUCUCCACCGAGCCAGCCCCCCAGCCGCCGUCGCUCGCUCCACCGUACGCUGUCGGACGAGAGCAUCUACCGAGGCCAACGCCUCCCCGCCCUCACCGACUCGGUGGUCGAAACGACUCUCGGAGCCGACGUCCUCUUCAGCUGCUCCACCCUCCCGCGCUCUCCUACCACCCGGGGCGUGCCGCUUCGACGGCCCUCCUAUAAGCUAGGAGUCAAACUGCACGGCGACCUCUCAGCAUCCGACACGUCACUGGUGGAUUUGGUGGAGCGUCAUCGUGGGCCGCUGCCCCAGGAGCUGAUGCCCCUCCCAUCUUCUGAGAGGGACAGCCCCCUGGACUGGACACACCUUGUGGAUGUGGCUAACACCUUUGAUAGUGAUAGAAACACUCACUAUGUCCAGAGAAGUUACGUGUUUGGGGAUUCCAACCACAGAAGCAGCGGCGCCUCCAGUCCUCAGCAGCCGCACAUCGAGCUCCAGCCUGCUCCCAUGUCCCGGCCCUCAUCUAGUGAGGGCCACAUAGGAUUGGAAAGGAAAGUGACAAAGCUCGAGGCCAUGGUGAAGAUGCUCCAGGAGGACCUCAAGAAGGAGCGCGACGAGAAGGUGCGACUUCAGGCUCAGAUCAAGAGGCUUUGGGAGGACAACCAGAGGCUUCAGGACGAGUCUCGGACCUCUGCUGCAAAGCUCAAGAAGUUCACCGAGUGGGUCUUCAACACCAUUGACAUGAACUGACGACACAUGGCUCCCAGGUAAACAAAACAACUGUUUUGGCCUGUCUGGAUCAAACAUUUCGAGCUUUUCUUCUCCCUAAUCUUUUUCACCACAAUAUCAAGAAAGGGAAUCCACUCCUGAGGAACGUUUCUAGUGAAGUGAACUUAAGCCAUCGACUGACCCUCUUCUCUUUUUGUCCGCCUACUUUUUUCUUGUGCCAAAUCCAAGCCAGCAGCGGACUUCUUCUUUCCUCCCCAACGCACAGAGAAUGUAACAAUCCUGCAUGCCCGACCGUUCGCUGUUCACUGGAACACGACCCUUCACGGCUGCGGGGAGACGAGGGCUUUUUACUCCAAAAUGGAGGUUGUUUUGAACGAUCCUCGGUUGUUUCUCCGCCGGAAGGGGAACAUAAAUUGUGAGUUCCGGUGUUAAUCUCCCGAUGACAAAGGAAUAUGUUGAAAAGCCAUCGGCAGCGGUGCCACGCCAUAAAACGCAGAGUGCAAUCGGGAGACGGCAGGAAAAAUGAAGCAAAAUACAUUCCUAUGAACACAAAAUCUGCUCACAACGAGAAGACUCCGGAAUAAAGUCGUAACCUUCUGGGGGACGGCUGACUAUGAAGGGUUUAUUUAUUUCCUUGUACUAUAAUUCCAAUAAAUAAGUUGCUCUAUUCGUACAGUACAAUUGGCAUCCGUGUUUAGUUCCGAAAGAAACAAAAAAAAUGAAUGGCUUUCUUUCUUAAACCUGGCUGUCUUCUUUUGAACUGCGUAUUUCUAUCAGUCCCUCCAGUAGUUUGUGGUAUUUGUUUGUUUGUGUUGCUGUCACGGACUUAAAUGGCUGAGUUCGCGCCACCUUUCUCUGGAAGUCGCGGUUGAAGUUGCAAUAUUUUUAUGUUUUACUCGUUUUAUAGCACACAGACUUAAAUUACACGGGUGAAACAAAAAAAAAUUUAACAUUGUGCAAAGGUUCAUUCAUACCAGCAAUUAUCCUAGCAGGCACAAGACAUUAAUACAACGUUGAUUAUACAUACAUGUCCUUUCAAACUUACUUUGAAACAACGUAGCAAAAUAGUCAUAUUUGUAAAUUGAGACAACGUUGAUGUCCAACUUAUUAUUAGCCUUUAUUUAACCAGGUAAAAUCCCAUUGAGAUCAAAGAUCUCUUUUCCAAGGGAGACCUGGCCAAGAGGGCAGCAGCAAGGUUACAUUAAAAACAGUAAACAAAUACAUAAAACAUCACAUUUACAACAUUAAAACUUGCUCACAUGACACAUGUGCAUACAGACAAGGUAGACUGCAGUCCUUUCACAGAAGCUUUAAACUCAUUCAGCGUAACUAGGGUUUGAAGUUUAAUGUUCGAUUGUAGGUUAUUCCAAGCCUUCGGUGCUGAAAACCUAAAUGCUUUCUUGCCCAGUUCAGUUCUUACUUUGGGGACAACAAAUUGCAGAACAUCCAUUGAACGAAGAUUGUGACUUCCUUGUUUCCUUGUUAAAAGACAUGACAGAUAAGAUGGAGUGAUACCCAGAAUGGUUUUGUAGAUGAAAACAUACCAAUGAUUGAGGCGUCGAGCACAUAAAGAUGUCCAGUUAACCAUUGAGUAUAACAAACAAUGUUGGAUCCACGCUGUUGGUUGGGAAAUAACCAAAUUUCAACGUCACAACUUGACAUUGAAUAAACGUUGUCAAAAAGCAUGAUGUUUUAAUGUUGUAUUUGUGUUGGAAAAUGACCCAAAUUCAACGGUCAAAUCAACGUCAGAACCCAACAUUGAUUAAACGUUGUCAAAAAGCAUGUUGUUUCAACGUUAUGUUUGAGUUGCUCAACGUCAGGACCUAAUUCUCAACGUUGUUUUAAUGUCUUGUGUCUGCUGGGUAGGUUUACAAGGUGGAUGGAACUAAUAUAUAAUAGGCCUGGAACUAAUAUAUAAUAGGCCAGGGGUGUUUUGGUGAACAUUGAAAGUCCCGGGCACCCAAAACGGUCUCAGUCACUAAAAUGUUAAAAAUAAGUUUUAUAUUAAUAUUUUUUUUACUUUCAACACCUACAUUUCUAUUGAUCAACUCCAGAUCUAGCCGUCACCAUAAAGUAUUUUUAUAAAUGUUUUAUGCCCUUUUUGUUUGGGUAAAAACACAAAAUAUGCAUUAUUUUCCCCAAAAUAUUUUUUGUAAUUUGAACCUUAAGUAGGAAAAUAAUUCAUAACAUUGCUUUUGGUCAUUAUUAUUUUUUCAACAAUUGCGGUUUUUAAAAAAUCAGCCUAAAGUUUUUGGGGAUCCAAAUGGCCCCCACUAACAAGUGUUAAAAAAAUAAGUAAUAUAUUAAUCUUUUUUUAAACUUUCAACACUUAAAUAUCUAUUGAUCAACUUUAGAUCUAACGUCACCAUAAAGUUAUUUUUUUAAUGUUUUAUGCCCUUUUUCUUUUGUGUAAGAAAACAGUUUUUUUUAUAGCAAAAACACAAAAUAUGCAAUAUUUUCCACAAAACAUUUUUCAAAAUAAAUAAUAUAAUAUUUCAUGCAAUGUAUUUUGAGCCUUAAAUAGGCACUAAAUGUUCAAAAUAAGUUGUAUUUUAACAAAUAAUUUUUACUUUUAAUACUCUACAUCAACUUCAAAUCCAUCAUCGAUUUUAAGUUUAUUAUUUUUUCAGCAAUAGACUGUUUCAAAGUAAAAAAAACUGCCGACACGGCAGCUUUGUGUUACUUAUUAAUGUCAAUAUUGCAACAUUUUCUCGUUACAGUUCACCCGUUUGCUCUUUUAUUUUAUUCCACUUCUUGUAGUUGUAUUUUCAGAAUGUGCCGGAAGAUGACACCUCUGUGACCGGCUCAAAACAUGCAACUUCAAAUAUUUCCAAAAUUUUGAUUUUUUUUUUUUUUAAGGUAAUUAUGGCUUACAGCUUGUGAAAACCCUCAAAUGGAUAAUUUCAGAAAAUGUUGGGGUUUUUUCUUCAAAAACUGUAAAGCAGUGGUUUUCAAACAUUUUCCACUCAAAAAACCUUACUCUCCAAGUACCACCAUAAUGACCAAUAUUACAACACAGUAGCAUUGUAGGCCUUAGUAUUCAGUAAAAACAAGGCCAAGGUUUUAUUUACCAAGUAUAUUUAGUAUUUUUGGCUUUGUUUGAAUGUAGGAAAUUAAAACGCUGUACUAAAUGAAGCCCGCGUACCACAGCUGUACAACAUGUAAUGAGUUUAUAUCUCAUUAGAAGUCAAAUUGCUGCCAUAAAUGGACUUUUACCCAAUAUUCUACAUUUUUGAGUUUCACGUGUACACUAGGUGGCGGUAAAAGCACAUACUCUGAGCUCAAUGUCAGAUUACUGUUUUAUUUCAUUAUAACUAAUAAUAGUAAUAAGUAAUCAUGAAUACAAAAAGAAACACCUCCAAAGGCGUCCUUAUUGUCGUCCAGAAGUUGGAGACAUUCUCUGUGUAUGUUUUACACUUGAAAAGUCUUUGUCUGUCUUCAACAUUCAUUUAUAUUCCAGCACUUUUACCCCCUGCACAUUUAAGCGCAUUUGAGAGCCAUCUAAUGCGCAAAUUUUUGUUGGUAUCAUCACACUUCAACAUCUCUAACAUGUAAAUGUUGCUCGGACAGCAUUGUAAAUAAUAGUAUGUUCCGGAUAAACAAAGGUGAGAUAAAUCUAAUAAAUACUGGACAUGUAAACGAGGAAAGUGUGUUGCUCAAUGUUUAUAGAAUACAUUACCCAGAAGGCUUAGCAUUGCAGACAGGAAACAAGCUACGAGCCAUCAAUAGUUGAUAAAUUGUUGUCAAAUAAUGUUGUUGUUCCUGCUUCGGCUAAUUUAGACCGUUGACAUGUGCUCCGAAACAAAUUUAAUGACGAAUAUGGCGGCAAUUGGCCAAAAUGUGCGGGGAAUUUGCCAGUUUUGAACAAAGUAGCGAGGCUGUGCGUAAUUUGCGGGCAUUGGCCGAAAUCGGCACAACGGGAACACUGCCAAUUCCUGGAGGGACUGUAUUUUGUUGUACUUUGUGGUGCUCCAGCCUGCUGUUGUGUUGCUUUCAGCGCCCACUAGUGGUUAUUUAAUGUUGGUUAGGAACACUUGGUAUGGUGGGUUGACUUAUGCCAGCUUUUAGACAAUCACAGGUGGAUUAGUUUUGCCUAAAAGGAGCUUAUCGUUUCACUUCUAUACUUAAUCCCUCAGGUCGGUGAACAUGAGGACGCGCUGAGAAAUUCCAAGAUUAUCUAACUAAAUUUAUCUUUGAAUACAAAAAAAAAAGUAUAUAUAUAUUGCGUGUGUGUGAGGUCAUAGCGUGAAUGUACAUCAGUCUAUCCAGCUGUGCCUAGUCACUGUGGUCAUUUCCUCCAGGGGCCAACGUGCCUUUGAGACAGCACCUGGGCAACACAUGAAAGUGAAACCUUCUCUCCAUCGCACACAAACACGCAGGCAAAAGAAUAUCUCAUAAUAAUCACAAUGGUUGGAGGGUGCCAGGUAGGAUACAUUAUGGUUGUCUACGGACAUACAAUUGUGUCAUCAAAUGAUCUGUAAUAUUUUCCUCUUGCAACACAAAAACACUGUCGUGCUGCACCUUUUAAUUGUGGCAAACCGCAAAUAAUCCCCGUUUUCUAUACCAAUUAACCACAAUUUAAUUAUCUUUAUUUUAUUAUUAUUUUUUUUACAUAUGAAGAAUCGAUUGCAGGAUGCAUUGUUUGUACCUGACGUGUAAUAUGAGAUUUUCAACAGCAGGUCUCGUCAAAGCGUCUCACUGCUGGGAGAUGGAAAGGGAUUUGACUUGUCAGACAGCGCCCUCUGCUGGACUCAAAAAGUAGCUGCAGAACCUUUUUGAAAGGGCAAAUAAGAAAAAUAAAUACUUAAAUGUGUCCUUAAUUCAUUAUAGUUGGAAUUAAAAAAAAAAAAAAAAAAAAAGGUUUUAAUUUGUCAUUCAUGUAUUGCAAGAGUAGAUUUAAUUGACUGAUUUAAUUUAAUUUGUAAUUUUAUUACUUCAGGCCUUAAAUAUUUCAAUAUUUAAUUAUUUCAUGAUUGAGGUAUUUCAUGAUUUAAUUAUUUCAGAAUGUAACUGUUUCAAUACAUAAUUAUUUUUAAAAUGUAAUUAUUUCAUUAAUGAAUUAUUCAAUUAUUUAUUUCAUUAUUAAAUUUAUUAUUUCAAUAUGUAUUUCAUGAUUUAAUUAUUUCACGAUUCCAAUAUAUCAUGGUUUAAUUAUUUAAUUAAUGAUUUGAUUUAAUUAUUCCAUGACUAAAUUGUCAUGAUUUAAUUAUUUUAAUAAGUAUUUCAUGAAUUAAUUAUUUCACGAUUCAAUUAUAUCAUGAUUUCAUGAUUUAAUAAAUGUUUUUAUUUAAAUAUUAUUUAAUAAUUAAAUAAACCAUGAAAUAUUUAAAUAAUAUAUUUGAUUAAAUCACAAAAUAAAUUAUGAAAUAAAUAAAUGAGUAAAUUAAUUAAUGUCGUUUUACAAUAAAUACAUUGACACAUUUAAUAACAUAUGUAUUUAAUUCCAAUUCUAAUUAAUGACAUAUUUAAAUAAUUGUUUAAAUAUUUAUUUAAAAAAUUCCCCAGUUGAUAGUUCCAUCAAACCACUUCUUAUUUGAAUUGCCAGAAAAAAAAACAAUUUCCAACUCAAAGCAGAGAAAACAAACGGUGAAUAACUGGGCAAUGAUCUCGUAGUAUCUUUUUACUCCACUAGGUGUCAGUCUGCAACGUAAAUAUUCCGGCUUGUCAUCACUCACAAACACAGUUCUUUUUUAUGCAUGUUAUCAUUUAGUCAGAAAAACGCACAAAAUUACUUGCACAACAGCGACAAAAAAAAAUAGUAUUUGUCAGAAUUUGUCAUAUUUUCCUCAAAGAAUUCACGACUUCUGUGCAUAAAAAACAUUUUUGCCAUGAUUUCUGUCAAUAACAUGAAUAAAUAAGACAUAAAGUACACAACCUCCAUUUCUACUUCUGUAACAUUUUACAUUUUGUCCAAAAUCGUACUAAAUUAGCUCCUUUGCUUGCUAACUCGGCCAACAGUUGAACCACGUUUUUUUGUUUUUUAAAGCAUCUCUUCGGCGCACUGGUGUCUGUGUGAGUGACGGGUAGAAAAGCUCUGACUCGCUUGGGAAGAAGUCCGUCUAAAUAUGAGAUUUUUGUCAGGAAAAAAAAAAUACCGUCUUACAUUCGGGUGAUUGCGGUAUUUCCCUUCACACACGCGCCAGCGUUACGAGCAGGUAGCAUCGACGCUAGUGGCGCACGCUGACCACCAUAACAUUCCAACACGUUCCGAAUGUCGACUCUUUGAUGUUUACGCCACAAAAGGUUCUGUUUUAAGAAUCGCGACAUGAAUCUAAGUGUUGAUUUGCCAAUGAGGUUGUACAUUUCCAUUUAGUUUGCCUUCUUAUUCUGUGGUCAUGUGAAACACUUCCAAAAAAAAAAAAAAAGACCCCCGUCAGAUUGUGACUGAAUUGUGAAUAUAGAUAAUAAUCCCUAUUUUGUUGUACAUGCAAAGUGCUCCAGAUUUUGUAACAUACCUGAAAACAUGUCUGACCCACGUCAAAUGUUGUCUCCUCACUCCUUCCACUUUAUCCAGUAUUGUUUAUUUUCAUUUUGUAAGAAACCUUUGCACUUUUUUUUUUUUUGUCAAACUAAUGGAGUUUACAUAUUUUGGAUGACGGCGUGACAACGAGCCGUGCGUUCCGCGCAAACCUGAUAGUCGUUUUUCACGUCGUUGCAGUUUCCGUCCAACAGAGGGAGGUGCUCGCCUUUUCCGAACUUGGAAAACAAAAAUCUUAUUUUUAGUCCCCACCCCUCAAAAAAAAAAAAAAAAAAAAAAAAAGAGAUCAUAGCAGGUGUGAGAUAGUUCACAAUGAAGUGACGCUCUAUUUGGACGUUUUUAACCAGCCGUGAUGUGUGACGUAACCAUGACAACCGUGGAACUUUACACAGAACUGAAGCUGUUUUGUCUAUUUGGUUUAUGUGAAAUGUAAAGGUCUGAAAAAGACAUUUGCAGUGAUUACAGUUUCUGAAAUAAAUAAUUCCAUCAUGA